AUGACAAAUUUAGUUUCGGAUCAAUUAGCAUUAAUGAUGGAACAUUUUAAAAAAAUGACAAAUGCAAUUGAUCAAAUAAGUUUAGAAAAAACAAUGGUUCAAUUACCAUCAUCUUCGCAAUCAGAUGAUUUAAAACAGAUGUUUCAAAAUAUCACAUGUUCUAAUGAUUUAUAUAUGCUAAAAUAUUUAGAAAUAGUCAGUUGGAUACCAUCACAUGUAUACCUUAUUUUAAAUUUAAAAAAACAAGCACUAAAACAUCUGUUAAGUACAAUUAAACUCUCAUUUGGUAUAUUUGAAUUUAAAAACAAAAAUAAUUUCGAUGAAUCAUUACGAAAAUUUAUUGAUCAAAUUCAAGUACACAUGAUUAAUUAUCUUGGUAAUUUACCCCCUCCAAAUCAUUCACAAGGACAAGCAUUAAAAGAUUCGAAUAAAAUGCAAGUGGAACAUCUUGAAGGAAAAGCUCAACAAAUUGAUGAGAAUCCAUCUUCAUGUUAUUCAAUGGCACCAUCAUCAUUAACACCUUCAAAUACUACAACAUCAACAAAAGAUAAUUUAGGAUUCAAUGGUAAAUUACUUUCAUCUAGAAUGGAUCUAUCUGCAACACGACGUUUAUAUAAAGCUGGUCAAUCGGAAAAGUUCAUUCUAGAUUCAUUACCAGCAUCAAUUAAUAAAAUAUUGUCUGGUCAUGAAGAUGAAGUAUACUUAACAAGAUUAUCAACACAAAUAAAUUAUGAUGAAAUUGAUACGGAUAAUGAAGAAUUUUCAUUAUAUAAAGAUGAAUCAUUAGAUAUGAAUAAUGAUCAAAAACCUGUUACAUCAAAUAUGGUAUCAGCAUCAAGUAAUAUGUUUCAAAGGACAAGUACAUUACAAUCAUCAAAUUCACCAUGUGAUUCAUCAAAUAAUCAAGGUUCAAAACGAUCAUUAAAUAAUUCCAAUUUAGGACAUAUACCAACACGAAUGAAGCAUACGCAAUUUCAAAAUACGAAUGCUGAGCGUUGUAUAUUAGGUCUACCAGAUUUUGUGUCUCGAGAUUUUAAUAUACCAUAUCAUGCAAUCAAUCUCAGUCGAAGAAUUAUUUCAUACCCUGCUAGUUCAUCACAGCCAUCAACAGGUUUAACACCUCCAUUACCACCAUGUGAUCUCAUGCAAGAACAUCCUUUUCAUUCACAGCCGUCAUAUUAUCAUCCAAUGAACAACAUGCUUUCAUUACUUGGUCCACCACUUGGUCCAUCACUUGAUCCACCACCUCCCAUGUCGUACAGAACGGUCUGCCUUUUAAGACGUCGUUUCAGACGACCUGAAUGGUGGACCCGGGCUGGUCCAUCACUUGGUCUACCAUCUGGUCCAUCAUUUGGUUCACCAUCUGGUCCAUCACCUAAUCGACCAUUUGCUCCACCACUUGGCCAUCAACAACAAAUAUCUUUUUUAUCAAGCAUGAAUAAUAAUAUUGGUAGUAUGCCACGACAUGAUUAUCCUCGUAUGCAUCAAAAUAUGUCUGCUGCUCAACAUUCAAUGUAUUCAAAUAAUGGUCGACUAUCUUCAACAUCACAAUCAACUGGUAAUACGUCUGAUUCUACAAAUCCCACUCGAACACUAGAUGAAAUUCUAACAAAUACAAUUAAUUCAUCUACAUCAUCUACAAAUAUUUUCAAUUCUCCACAGAGACAAAAUAUGUUAAAAGAUCAUCGAUUCCAGGCAAUACUUGAUGAAGUAGGAACACCACCAUCAAAUCAACGUUAA